AUGAAGUCACCUCCUUGCUGCCUGUCCCUUUCUUCCGGGGCAUCCGUGGAGGAGCUGGGCGAGGGCACGUCUCUGGGGUCUUUGGAGUCCAGCGUCUUCUGCAGUGAGGAGGAGCCUCGAUGCUUGCUGCAGCCAGUCUCCCCAUCCUUGGACUCCAUCACCAUCAAUGUGGGAGGCGCCCGCUUUGUUCUGUCCCAGCAGACGCUCUGCUGCUACCCGGACACUCGCCUGGGCAAGCUGGCUGUGGUGGUGUCUGCUGCCCGGGAUGUCGCCUCCAGCCUCCUGGAGCUCUGUGAUGAUGCCAACUUGGUGGAGAAUGAGUACUUCUUCGAUCGUAGCUCUCAGGCAUUUAGCUACAUCCAUAAUUACUACCAGACUGGCCGGCUACAUGUGAUGGAUCAGCUGUGUGCCCUUUCCUUCCUGCAGGAAAUCCAGUACUGGGGGCUAGAUGAGCUCAGCAUAGACUCUUGCUGCAGGGACAGGUACUUCAGACGCAAGGAACUGAGUGAAGUCUUGGAUAUCAAGAAAGAUACUGAAGAGUUGGAUGCCCAGGAUGAGGAGGAUGAAUUCUCUGGGAGUCUGUGUCCUGGCUUCAGGCAGAAGCUUUGGGAAAUACUGGAAAAACCCGGUUCUUCUGUAGCUGCCAGGACUUUCGGCACUGUCUCCAUGACCUUUGUCGUUAUUUCCAUUGCCAACAUGGCCCUGAUCUCAGUGGAACUGAGCUGGCUGCCCCCACACUUCCUAGACAUCCUGGAGUAUGUUUGCAUUGCCUGGUUCACAGGAGAGCUUCUCCUGCGCUUUUUCUGUGCACGAAACAGAUGCCAGUUCCUUAAGAAUGCAGCGAAUAUCAUAGACCUUCUGGCCAUUUUGCCCUUCUACAUCACACUGCUUGUGGAGAGCUUGCAUGGGAGACACCAGGAGCUGGAAAACAUGGGCCGUGUGGUCCAGGUGCUGAGACUGCUGAGGGGUCUGCGCAUGUUGAAGUUGGGCAGGCAUUCAACAGGUCUGCGGUCCCUUGCAAUGACCAUUGCCCAGUGCUACGAAGAGGUUGGCAUGCUCCUGCUCUUCCUCUCUGUGGGCAUCUCCAUCUUUUCCACAAUGGAGUAUUUUGUGGAGCAAGGGGUCCACAACACAAAAUUCAUGAGUGUUCCCUGUGCCUGGUGGUGGGCUACAACCUCCAUGACUACCGUUGGCUACGGAGACAUCCGACCAGACACGGUGAUGGGCAAGAUAGUUGCCUUUAUGUGCAUUUUAUCAGGAAUACUGGUCCUGGCUUUGCCAAUAGCCAUCAUAAAUGACCGCUUUUCUACCUGCUACUUUACACUGAAGAUCAAGGAAGCUGCCCUCCGCCAGCGUGAAGCCUUAAAGAAGCUCACAAAAAACAUGUCCAGUGACUGCAAUAUCAACAUUAACUUGCGAGAUAUAUAUGCUCGAAGUGUCAUGGAUGUGUUGAGGCUAAAAAGCCGAGAGAGAACAAGUACUAGGAGUAGUGGUGGAGACGAGUAUUGGUUUUGAUUUUAUAUAUAUAUAAAUAUAUACACACAUGAACUGUUUAAUGUUUUGACAACUUCGAUAAUUUAAUGUUGAAUGCAAAGCUAGCAAUCCCUUAAUACCCUUUCCUAAUCACCUUGCUUUUCCAAAUUGCUGAGCAUAUUUAAAUUGGUGUAAUCCAAAGACAUAUUAAAACCAAACAUUCUCAGGGCACACACUGCUACAGACUUUACCAAAAUGUAUAUCUUUCCUCAGAAUAAGUGGCAAGAAAAGAAGAACAACCUU